AUGGAUGUAAAGGAGAAAACCUAUGGUGGCUGUGAAGGCCCUGAUGCCAUGUCUGUCAAAUUGAUAUCUCCUGAUGGUCAUGAAUUUAUUCUAAAAAGAGAACAUGCACUAACAUCCGGAACAAUAAAACCCAUGUUGAGUGGCCUAGGUCAGUUUGCUGAGAAUGAAACCAAUGAGGUCACUUUUAGAGAGUUCCCUUCACAUCUGCUACCAAAAGUAUGUAUGUAUUUUACCUACAAGGUUCACUCCACUAACAGCUCCAUGGACAUUCCUGAAUUCCCAAUUGCACUGGGAUGCUGA